AUGGAUAACCCAAUCAUCUCCCUCCCUCCGGAUGUGAGCGCGGUUCUAAAUAUCAACUUCACGAUCGUCCAGGUCGUGUCUAUGUUCGCAAUCGGAGCGUGGAAUUCAUUGGAAGUUGUGAUUGGCAUAUUCGAGAGGUUCAAAAGGUAUCGUGGGCUAUACUUCUGGAGUAUGCAAAUUGCGGCCUGGGGAAUAUUGUUACAUGCCCUACCAGCUCAAACUGUCUAUACGGGAGUGGUAUCUCCCAUUAUCAUGUCAGCCCCGUUCCUCGUCGGCUGGAUCUGCAUGGUGACCGGGCAAGCGGUAGUGCUAUAUUCAAGACUACACCUCGUUGUGGCCGACAUCCGCCAUGUACAAUGGGUACUAUGGAUGAUCAUAGCCAAUUUUUUCGUCCUCCACGUUCCCAUGUCAAUCCUCUAUUGUCUCAACCUUCGUCACAAUUUACCAUUUGACCACUCAGCGACAAUCUACGACCGCAUACAGGUAGUAGUAUUCGCCAUCCAGGACACAGUAAUAUGUGCCAUCUACGCCCGCGAAGCACUCCGAGCACUUAAGCCCGUCUUCGAAGCCAAAGGCCGCCAAGGGCGAGGGAUCAUCUACCGAAUCGUCUUCGCCAAUAUCUUCGGCAUCGUGCUCAACGCUUUAAUCCUUGCCGCCGAAUUCAAACUGCACUACAUCGCCAUCAGCUUCAAAACAGUUGUCUAUAGCAUCAAACUGAAACUUGAAUUCCACGCUCUCAUGCAGCUCCGGGAGCUGACACGCACCUAUCCAUGCGCUCUAUGCCAAGGAGUUCAUGGUAGUCCUCGUGGCUCAUCCGAAAUCAAUAUCUUCGACAUGUUCGUGCGUAAUCCUCGGUCACAGGAUACUGAGAUGCAAACCGUCUCCGGUAUUGCGGGGACCCCGAGCACAGCGGACACAGCGCAUGGCGGCACAUACCAUUUCCACGAGGCAAUGCGCCAGAGGAUAUCGACUGUGAAUUCUGAUGAGUCGCAGGCAAGUGCUCGGCCUCGGAUCCACUCGUCUGAUACGCAUUCUACGGUUGAAAUGACACUGAUCGAGCGGCCGAAGUAG